AUGUCGUCCUCGUCACAGCAUGGUGCUUCUCAGAAGCGUAAGCGUGACGCAGCACAAGACUCCGAAAGCCAGGGCAUCCACGACGCGACGAGAAGAACUCGUGGUCUUACGCAGAUCUCGGAGGAACCUGACUCAAAUCGUAUCUCAGACGAAGCAAUUCUUUUCAAUGCCACCAGCGCCAUUGAAUUCAUGCACGAUUAUCAAAGACUUGUGACGGAGACGGACAGUUCUAUCUCCAAUUCCAGGGACAUCCUCAACGACAUUGGGAUGGACGCUUUUGGCCGCCUUUUCAUUGAGAGGCGGAAACAAUCGGACCGCACCUACCACCAGGAGUUCCGCUUCAUUGCUUCUUUCAUCGGCACUAGACGGACUAUAUUGAAAGCCAUCAAGGAGCUUCUUGAUCAAGUUCACCAAUUGCCUGGGAUUAGUCCAUGCAUCAGCAUUGUAUGGGACUUGGCGUCAUUUGCACACACAGCCGCCGAAAAGGAAAUGGAGAAUGUGGAUCUCCUGGAGUUUGAUGAACUUCGUGGUGAAGCCCAGGAAAAGCUCGGGCAGAAAAUCUCGGACGUUGAGCGCAUGAUUCAGUUGUACUCGGAGCUAGACAUCAGGGAUGCAUGGACGGUAAACGUAUUGAAGAGCACCUCAGUCUUCGAGCUACUUCAGUUAAGGCCCGAUGAUGUGAAGGCACUGAACGACCUUCCCAAUGUUCAAGAUAUCACCGAAUUUCUCAACAAGAAGCUAGAGCCUUUCAAAAAGCUUCGAGGGCUAGUUGAAGCUCUUGGGAUGGCGUUCUGA